UUUAUAAUAAUAAAUAGCAAUAGAAAUUGCACUUUAUAAAUUAUAAGCAAAAAGUAGUCGCAAAACAAAAACACACAGAGCUUUAGGGCAAAAGAGAAGAAGAAGAAAAAUGGGUGCAGCGAGUGCAAGUGCAAUUUGGUCAUAUGGAAUUAAUCAAUCAGACACAGCGUCGCUACUUCUGCGGUCGUCGAAGAAGGCAACAACAGCAUCUUCGGACAGGUUACGACUAAUUGGAGCUUCGACGAAAGUAAGGAGGAAUUAUAAUUAUCCUCGAUCUCAACCUCGUCGUCUCGCUGUUCGAUGUAUGGCUGAGCCGGAGGAGAAGGAAAUCAAAGAUCUACAAGAGAAGGCAGAAACCCUACAGCAACCACCCCUCACCCCACCCCCUAAGCCAAAGGUGAGUACGAGGUUUGAGGAUGUGCUGGCGUUCGGGGGGCCGGGGCCGGAGAGGAUAAACGGACGGCUGGCGAUGAUCGGAUUUGCGGCGGCGAUUGGAGUGGAGAUAGCGAAAGGGCAGGGCAUCUUUUCCCAGAUUGAGAUGGGCGGAGUUCCCUGGUUCUUGGGGACCAGCCUGGUUUUGUCGCUUGCGUCCCUUAUUCCUAUGUUCAAAGGAGUCACGGUGGAGUCCAGGUCCGGGGACCUCAUGAGCUCCGACGCGGAGCUCUGGAACGGCAGGUUCGCUAUGCUGGGACUCGUGGCCCUCGCCUUCACCGAGUUUCUCAAAGGAGGCGCCCUAAUUAAUAAUGUCUGAAUAUCUUUUAUUUAUUUAUAUCAUUAAUUAUUUCACCCCACCCCGCUUUACUUAUUUACCCCUCCCCCACCCUCUCUCUCUUUCCUUUUUACUGUUACAGUGUCACUUUUGCCAUCACUGUAAUUAAAUUAAAUGAAAAAAUAUGCAGAACAGAAUGUUUGUUUGUCUAUUA